CUCACAAACCGCCUGCCCAUGAAAACACCGGACGGACUCACAGAGGGAUUCGUAGCACAUUGCGGUGAUAACCACCACAAUUGGAAGAGAAAUCCAUCAUCAUUUCGACGGCAAGGCAAGAGAGAGAAACAGACAGCACCAGGAAGUCAUGAGAAACCGAAAAGACAUGGAGAUCAUCAGGACCAAAGAGUAAGACAGACAAGACAUUUGCAGCAGCUAGGAGAGAGAGAGACAGAUGAGACACAGGUACAGAAGCAGGUGAAGAGAGACAACAUGGAAGAGGGGUGCAGUGUGUGUCGGGAAAGACAGAUGAGGUGAAAAACGCCAAAGGAGGCCACUGUGGUUCAUCUGCUAUCUGUUGGCCCUAACCCUGAGUGACCCUGCUGCCUACUUUCUCCCAGUCCCCCCUGUCAUUUCAAGAAGAGGCAGGGGUCCCUCUGGGUGCCCUCUUUCAAGAAACACCAUGUGCCAAAGCUGGAGCGGCCUAACUACUACCCCAUAGACCACCAAACCUUGUGUACCUUCCCCUCUAGUCUGAGGACCCUCCUGAUCCUCCACACUGCUCACCGGUCAAGAUGAAGAGGGUAGCGGCAUGGUCACCAGAGGACGUAUCUGACUGGUUGAGCAAAGAGGGGAUGCCAGAGUACAUCGAUGCCCUCCAUCAAACAGACGGCCCCGCCCUGCUCAGGCUCACAGAGGCAAAUUUCCAGAUGCCGCCCCUCUCGCUGGUCUCAUCUGAUGGCGGACAGCAACUGUUGGAGAAAGUAGAGACACUGCGGAUAGAGACUCAUAUCGAGGCUCAUAAAAAUGGGCAUGCAAACGGGCAUGCUGGUGGGUUGCCCAAUGGGACUAGCAAGGCCCUAAGGAAUGGCACAUUGGGGAUGAAGGACUUCAGGAUGGAGAUGGUCCACAUCCCCAUCCCCCCUACAAUGGAAGCGACACGCACCUCCUUCCCUGCCGAGUGGGGGAAGACGGGCAUAGCGUUCGUCUAUGCGGUGGUGUGCUUUGUGACCACCACUGUCGUCAUUUCGGUGGUCCAUGAGAGAGUACCGUCAAAGGAGCAUACCCCACCGCUGCCUGAUAAGUUCUUCGACCUGUUUAACAGGAUAGAGUGGGCCUUCUCCAUCUGUGAGAUCAACGGCAUGCUGCUAGUGGGACUCUGGCUGAUACAGUGGAUUCUACUCAAGCACAGGUCAAUUGUAGGCAGGCGGUUCUUCUUCAUUGUUGGCACACUCUAUCUGUACCGGUGUAUUACAAUGUACAUCACCACUCUGCCUGUUCCCGGGAUGCACUUCAAAUGCUCUCCAAAGCUUCUUGGGAACUGGGAAGCGCAGAUGAGAAGAGUAAUGAAGAUGAUUGCUGGUGGGGGCCUAUCAAUCACAGGUUCCCACACCAUGUGUGGAGACUAUCUGUACAGUGGCCACACUGUUAUGUUAACACUAACAUACCUCUUCAUCAAGGAGUAUUCCCCCAAACGCUUCUGGUGGUACCACUGGAUUUGCUGGCUCUUGAGCGCUGUGGGAAUUUUCUGCAUCCUCCUGGCCCAUGACCACUACACUGUGGAUGUGGUGGUGGCAUAUUUUAUCACUACACGCCUCUUCUGGUGGUACCACACUAUGGCCAACCAGCAGUCACUGAAAGAGACAUCACAGAGUAACCCGUUCUCGCGGGUGUGGUGGUAUAGACUGUUCCAAUACUUUGAAGAAAACGUCAACGGCACAGUCCCUCGAAAUUAUCAGCUGCCGUCAUCAUGGCGAUCUUUGCAGUGGAGCCGCAGUGUAAAAUACAGCAAACUGGACAUCCAGUGACCCUUAUCUCAAAGCAGGCGAGGACUGUGACUUCCAGAAGUGCUGUCAUGAUGGCACUGUUUAAUGUAGCGCUGUCCUUUCCCCUCUAGUAACAGACACAACCUCUCCAAAUGGGUAACACUGUGACCCACCUAGUAUUUUUUUUUUUUUUUUUCCUCCACGUGUAUAUGUACUAUAUAUAUUAUUUCUGUUCUCUUGUCCUCUUUUCUCUUCUGGUAGUAUUUGUCAACACCGAGCACUAAUUUAUAUUUGUUUUGUGUCCUUUACUCUUUGUGGGCCACAUAACAGUUUCUGCUUUUGUAGCAGAUCUAUGAAGCAUUUCAAAAAACUUGUCAAUACUCAAAUAGUUUUUGGCCAUAAGGACUCAGACAUACUUUUUUUUUCUCUCAGCACAAAAACUUAAUGUCUUCAUGUUCUUACAAAACUUUUUUAGUGCAAAUAGUGUCAAUCAAAUCCAUAUUUGAUAACCAAAAUGCCAUAAGCAUUUUUUUUUUUUUUUUUUUUUUUUUUUUAUUAUAGCAAAUUACGUUUUGUAAACUGUCCUUGCUAAAAUGAGUCAAAGGUGCAAAAAAAACUUUUUUCUAAGUAUGUCAAACCUUAUUUUUUCAAAAACAAAUGAUGUCCAACAAAAGAUUUUUAGAUUUUUACCUUUUUCAAGAUGGAUAACUGAGAGCAUAAGAAUCUAAUGUGGUAUAACAUUAUUCCAGUGCCUUUCUUAGCUUGAUUGUAAAACAGUUCAAGUACUAUGUGUCUUGUUUCCCUCUGCCGUGGGUGUGACCAUGCCGCGGUACGAGGCAGUACUUAGUUAACAGUCUCGUUCAAUUGAAUGUAAAAACAACUACGCCAGCCUUACCAGAAGAUUGGUCUUCCCAAAUUUAAAUGCAGUGAGUGAAAUGUCCCAUUUAUUUAUUGAUGCUUUAUGAUGUCAGUUUGUGCUUAAUUGGUUAAUACUGUUCUAACAGAAAAAUGACUGUUAAUUGUAUUUUUUUUUUUUUAAUGUCUGUACCAUUUCAUUUUACCAAUCAGUCUAAGUAACACCAGCCAUGUUCAAAACCCGAGCAUUGACGCUCAGUCGCCCAGUGACACUACCAUGUCUGCAGGUUUUACUUUAUCUGCCAAACAUCACUGCCUGAUUGGAAAUUUGAUCAGAAAUAUCCCAGUUUUUCUGCACCUGGCAUCAUUGCUACAUCUCUUGCUCAGAAAGAAAAUGAGCCCCGACCUUGUUCCCCCACAUUGAGUCCCACUACAGAAUCGGAAAUCCUCUCAUUACUAUCUUGUCUUGUACCCUUUUGGUGAUGAGAAGUUUAGGAAAAUGUACAACUUGACAACUGUGUUGAGUUUAGGGAAUGUCAAAGUCGUGAAAAUGGAAGCUUCAGGCAAAGUUUCUGAACAUGUCUUUAAUGGUUCUGUAUGUGCUUUGUAUGAUUUGUCUUGUACUAAAUCAAGCUGCUACCUUACAGUCUAAAGACACUGUAUCUUCUACAUUGUCUCCCAAGUGUAACGCCAAAACACACUUCUUUAUAGACCUAGCAAACACUCAACAUGGAACUUGUGUAAGGGGAACAAGUUGAAGCAUGAUGCACAGAGCGGGUGAUACAUUCGGCCAUACGAGUGCAAAUAGGAUAACAUUGAUUUCCAUGAAUGUGAAGAUGUGUCCUUGUUGAUUAUCCUAAUUAUGUACAUGUUGACUGAACUUAAAAGAAUAAGUAUUACACAAGUUCAUCUAUAGGGAAUGACUUUAAAGUCAUAUGACACUUAAAAUUUAACCUAUUAACUUUGAAGAAAAACUGCACAAAUUUCAGAUAAAUAAUCAUGAUUAAUCAAGGAUUAAUUUCUUUAAAUGUUGUCAAAAGGAGGAGGUGAGAACAUUUUCAAUGUGAAGAAGUCUGAAGUCUGUUUGAGACAAAAUACAAUGUAGACUUCCUCUCCUUCCUGUAGCAUUGUCCAAUCAUUUCACUUUCACAGAAAGCAGUUUCUUAGCUUCUAAGAGCACAAUGGUUCCUUGCAUACGGCCAUAUUUUGAUUAUAGUACAAACGCGGCUCUCUAAUUACGUUUGAGAGCCAUGAUAUCGAUGAAGGGUGGAGUUAAAGUUUGCCAAUCAAGCUGUCUAUUUUUUUAUUUUAUUUUUUUUUGUCUCAAAGAAAUGAAAGUUGGCUAUUGUGUAUGUUUCUCUGUAAACUUCUCACCCAGUUUGUCCCUUUUUGUGCGUAUACCAGAUGUUUGUAAGAUAUGAUAAAGGAAUCUACUUGGGGCGCUUUUGAAUAAAAGAUUUUACUAUAACGUA